AAUCCCACCGGUUCCACACUGAAACACCUUUUCAGCUCCCACCUCCAUAUCCCUCUUAACAGAAAAACCCCCAACAACACCACAACCAAGAUUGACUCAAUUGCUGCCACUGCUACAGUAACAUCUAGUAUAUAACCAUGGCUGCAACAGCCGCAGCAGCAGUAGGCUCAUCUUUCUCUCAAUCCAUCCAAACCCUUAAAUGCGUGCGUUUUAAGCAACUGACAGCUGGUCAUUCUGUCCUCAAAAUCCCAUCUGUUCGCAUGAUAUCAUCUAUAUCUCACUCUUACUUCACUCAUGAGCUUUUUCCCGCGAGCAGCACAGUGCAAAAGUGGCGUAUGCUUAAUGUAUCUGCUGCUGUUGCCCAACAAGAGACGGAGGCAACUACCCAAGUGGAAGAAAGUUUGGUGGAGGAAGAGGAGAAUGAAGGAGAAGCUGAAGAUCAGGCUGAGACUGAAGCUGAAGAUCAGGCUGAAACUGAAGCUGAAACCGAGUCUCCUGUGAAUACUAAGCUAUACGUUGGGAACUUGCCUUUCAAUGUUGACAGUGCCCAACUUGCUGGGAUAAUACAAGAAUAUGGCAGUCCAGAGCUUGUUGAGGUGCUUUACAAUAGAGAAACUGGGAAAAGCAAGGGUUUUGCAUUUGUGACAAUGAGCACAGUUGAAGAUUGUAAUGCAGUUAUUGAAAAUCUGGAUGGACGUGAAUAUCUUGGUCGAACUUUGAGGGUGAACUUUUCGGACAAACCUAGACCUAGAGAACCUUUAUAUCCAGAAACUGAAUACAAGCUUUUUAUUGGGAAUCUAUCAUGGUCUGUCACAUCUGAAAGUUUGACACAAGCUUUCCAAGAAUAUGGAAAUGUAGUUGGAGCAAGGGUUUUGUAUGAUGGGGAGACAGGAAGGUCGCGAGGUUAUGGUUUUGUCUGCUACUCAACAAAGUCAGAGAUGGAAGCUGCUCUUCAAUCUCUCAAUGGAGUGGAACUUGAAGGAAGGGCAUUGCGGGUGAGCCUAGCUCAAGGAAGACGAUCAUAAGAUCGCAACUGAAAAUGUGAAUUUGAGAAGCAUUUGCAGCAACUGCCAAUCUCUUAGAGGAGAUGGAAGAUGGGAGUCAUUUAGAUAAAUAAUCAGUUACCCUGAGUUACCUGAAAUUCCUUUUCAUUUCUCCUUGUGAUCUAUAUCUCAUUUUCACCUUUAGCAGCAUCUUUUAAAUGGAACUCUUAACAAGUUUCAUUGUCAGCUUUGCUAAUAUUGAUAGUUGCUUAUGAUUAUUGUUUGCACUAAGACAUGUAUUGUUCUUUUUGGUUCAUAGUUGACAACUAAAAAGUGCUGUUGUAACUUAUAAGCAAGCAAGAACAGGCAGUCUUGAACAUCAUCUUCAAG